UCCACGACAUUACACAAACACUCUUACUGCACACACUCUAACACACACAUACACACACACACACGUACACUCAGCAGCUCUUCCUCUUAGAGCUCAAGCUGUCUAAAACUGUUUCUCUUGUGGAUGUUUACACAGCCCACAGCUGCUCUGGAGAAGGUCAUAAAGGAUAAAAAGCAGAGAGAAACAGAAGAACAGGACAUUUAAAACUAUAUAUGUAUAUUUUCUCCUGCUUUUUGGGGGGGACUUGCAAGCCUAUUUUGGAGAGUAAGUGAGAUUGGGACCGAGUUGGCUUGACAGCCACCCUAGAGGGGACAGGUUGUCAUGGUAACUGACCACGGCGGGCUGACCCUAGCAUGCUGGAUGGUGAACGGAGAUAGAGUCACCGUAUCAAGCCAGUGAAAGUGACAGUGAAGAAGGAGGCAGGAGAGCACAGGGAGAGGAUGGAGGACAGCUUUUCCAGCUACAGCUCUCUCUAUGACACCUCCUCACUGCUGCAGUUCUGUAAUGAUGACAGUGCCUCAGCGACAAGCAGCAUGGAGGUGACAGACCGACUUGCAUCCCUGGAGCAGCGUGUUCAGAUGCAGGAAGAUGAGAUUCAGCUGCUCAAGUCAGCGCUAGCUGACGUGGUGAGGAGACUCAACAUCUCAGAGGAGCAACAGGCCAUGCUGAGCAGGAAGGGACCAACCAAAGCCAGGCCAAUGAUUGCAGCACUGCCAUUGAAACCCACAGUCCACAAUGGCAAUGUCCUACCAAAGAAGAGCACCACUCUGCUGUCGCCCUCAGGCUCCAGGAAAGACAACAACACACCAGCGACCAAAAGUCUGUCCAGCUCAUCCAAGUUUCCACUCAGACCAUCCUACAGCACUGUGAAAAGAACAAGCUCGUCAGAGCAAGUAGGUCCUAGCAGUAGGAAAGAGGUUGGAGGUGAAGCCAAGAGCAACCGCACACGCACCGCCUCAACUGGAAGCAACUCAAGUGGCAAGAGAGCCAGUGAGAGCAAACAGAGGGAGCCUGUGUUCAGUGCUGGGAUGCGGCGGGUGACACACUGCAAAGAUGAAGGGUAUGUCAAAAUGUAUUUGAAAGGAAGACCCAUCACCAUGUACAUGCCAAAAGAGCUGGUGGAUACAUACUGUCUCGAAGCAAAAGCCGAUCUGCCUCCUAAGAAACUGAAGCUAGACUGGGUCUAUGGCUACCGGGGCCGUGACUGUCGAUCCAAUCUCUACCUGCUCCCCACUGGAGAGACGGUUUAUUUUAUUGCCUCUGUGGUGGUGUUGUACAACGUAGAUGAGCAGUUGCAGAGACACUACACUGGGCAUACUGAUGACAUCAAAUGCCUAGCUGUCCAUCCUGAUAAAAUCACCAUAGCAACAGGACAAGUGGCUGGAACCUCCUCGGAUGGCAAACAGAUAGCUCCUCAUGUCCGUGUUUGGGACUCUGUGAGUCUAAACACACUGCAUGUUCUUGGAACUGGCUUUUUCGACAGGGCUCUUGUGUGCCUCUCCUUCUCAAAGUCGAAUGGGGGCAGCUGGCUGUGUGUAGUAGAUGACUCCAACGAUCAUGUCCUUUCAGUAUGGGAUUGGCAGCGAGAAGAGAGACUUGCUGAAGUUAAGUGUUCCAAUGAGUCCAUUUUUGCUGCUGAUUUCCAUCCAACAGAUGCAAACAUAAUUGUAACAUGUGGGAAGUCCCACCUUUGCUUUUGGUCACUAGAAAAAGGCUCCUUUCUAAAGAAACAGGGUUUGUUUGAGAAACAAGAGAAGCCCAAGUUUGUCCUGUGUGUGACUUUUUCAGAAAAUGGUGAUGCUAUCACUGGUGACUCCAGUGGAAAUCUACUUGUAUGGGGCAAAGGCUCUAAUCGCAUUAGUUUGUCCAUUCUGGGUGCACAUGAAAGCAGCGUGUUUGCUCUGUGCAUGUUGAGAGACGGCACGUUGGUUUCGGGUGGGAAAGACCGUAAGCUCACUUCCUGGGAUGGAAACUACCAGAAGAUUCAUAUGGUGGAGGUUCCUGAAGUGUAUGGGCCUAUUCGCACAGUUGCUGAGGGAAAGGGAGAAACUAUUCUCAUUGGAACAACCAAAAACUACAUCUUGCUGGGCAAUCUGAAUGGGGAAUUCACCCCCAUUACACAGGGUCAUACUGAUGAGUUAUGGGGCUUAGCUGUGCACCCACUGAAGCUGCAGUUCCUCACCUGUGGCCAUGAUAAACUGGUCAGUCUGUGGGACUCCGAAUCCCAUCAGCCACUUUGGACCAAGACAUUAGAGGAUGCUGCUCAGUCUGCCGGCUUCCAUCCCUCUGGGGCAAUCGUUGCCAUAGGAACACAGACAGGCAGGUGGCUUGUUCUGGAUACCGAAACUAAGGAUCUAGUCACGGUACAUACGGAUGGGAAUGAACAACUCUCAGUUAUGCGUUUUGCUCCAGAUGGCAAUUUCCUUGCCAUUGGGUCACAUGACAAUUACAUCUACAUUUAUGCUGUGGCUGAGAAUGGCAAGAAGUACAGUCGAGUGGGAAAAUGCUCAGGUCACUCCAGUUUCAUAACUCAUCUAGAUUGGUCUGUAGACUCUCAAUACCUGGUGUCCAAUUCUGGAGACUAUGAGAUCCUUUACUGGAUACCCUCGGUGUGUAAACAAGUAGUGAGUGUGGAAACUACUCGAGAUAUCCCAUGGGCCACCUUUACCUGCACGCUGGGCUUUCAUGUGUUUGGCUUAUGGCCAGAUGGCUCUGAUGGGACAGACAUUAAUGCCGUGUGCACUUCCAGUGAGAAGAGACUUCUCGCCACUGGGGACGAUUUUGGAAAAGUGCACCUUUUCUCAUUCCCCUGCUCUCAAACAAGAGCUCCUAGUCAUGUCUAUGGCGGUCACAGCAGUCAUGUCACCAAUGUUAACUUCCUGUUUGACGACAGCCACUUGGUGUCCACUGGUGGAAAGGACAUGAGUGUAAUGCAGUGGCGUGUGAUAUAAACAACUACUGACAGUGUAUGUGGAAAUGGAGUGGGACUAUUCCCAUUUCUAUUAGACUGAAAUGAAGGAGUGGCAGUUAUUUGAAGGCAUAUCCUGUGUAAUGACGUGAAGCAGACAGUUUAAGCUAUUGUUUGCUAUUUGCUAAAACAUGAGCCCAGCAUUCAAAAUAAGCUUACUGUCUCACUGGGCAUAACGAGGACAUUUUGCAACCUCAACCCACACAUUUACCUUGGAGUGAUGAAUAUGAAAAACUUCUCUCCACAUGAUACAUAUUAUGUGAUGCCAAAGCUGACAAAUUUACCUUGAAACUGUUACAGCAGACAGUGGUGUAUGACCCCACCGUCUGGCCUCAAGAAGUAUUGCAACCACUCCUGUGUGAUUGAAUUUCAGUGUGAAUUUAUGAUUGUUGCAAAACCUUCUGAACUGAUCUCAGCUUUCACUCUUCUUUUGAAGAGACAUUGUAUAUAUUAAAGAAGUGAAACAGCAUGACUUUACCAAACACGGCAAAGGCACUGUGAUCAAAAUAAUUCCCAGUUGUACCAAAAUGAUGUGUGAAACCCUUUUUAAAAAUCUAAUGACAACACUAUAGCCAAUAGUUCAUAGUUAGGUUCCUAGGCUCCUUAUAAAGGUAUUCUCUAAUAAGGCUUAAUGAAGUGUCUUAAUUCACUGCAAGUUAAUAAGACUGGUGAAUAUUAAAGUGCAUUCUUUAAGUAUUCACCCCCCAUCCCCCCACCCCACUUCUGCAUUUUGUAGUGGUACAACUUUGGCAAACGGGCCUCAUUCAGUUCAUUCAGUAGUUGAAUUAGUUCAAUAUUCUUCUAUUAUGGGCUUUGUGUAGAUGUAUGACAUAUAAUCCAAAUUAAUUCCAUUUCAUUUCCAGAUUGUAACAUUGCAAAAUGUGGUAAAAUUCAAGGAGGGGUGGGGUGAGGUCAAUAUUUAUGCAAUACGCUGUAUUUGAUUCAUUUCUAAAGCUCUCCCAGAGAAAACUGUUACCAUGUAGACUAGAUUAAACAGGACUAACAUUAAUUUUUAUUAAUGCCACAAAUCUAGCAAUGCAAUGUAAUUAUUUUAAUCUUCUCUAUGCUGAACUUUCUCUGCAUUGCCUAAUGGCCAUAACCAUGCUUCAUUUCUUUUGCACUGAAAGAGAAGAAACUCAUCAGGGUUUUUAAUGACUGUAGUUGAUAUAUUAAAACUGUCUUAGCAUGCACAUGGUUGGCUGUAUUUUUUAAAGACUUUUUCAUUCAGAUUUUCAUUUGCCUAUUGAUUGGCAGGUAACACAAUGUAAAAAUGUGAUUUUGUUUCAGAAAAUGUGAGUGUUAAUUUUUUUUUAACAUUAAGGUGUAGGCUGAAAUUGAACGUUACAUAUGAAUGAAUCAGUAGCCUUGUCGGUAUUAGGCAUGUAACUGGCAAUUAUGAACGGACAACAAUUGUUGCAGAAUGCAUAAUAAAAUGUAAAAAUCAGGCCUCAUUAUAACCAUUAACAACUUUGAUACUUCUUUCAUGAUUAAAUUAAUUCAAAUCUG